CCCUUCUUUUGUUUGAAAAAAGCAUGUUCAGACAAGCAAUUAAGAAAUCCAGUGAGUGCCAAUGAAGUCAAUGAGCAUGCCUGUACUGACAAUAUUUUCAAAGCAAUGUCACUUCAACAACGUUCCUUCUCGAGUCUUGUCACAGCCAAGGAGCUGCAAGCGGCUUUGGGCAGUGUCAAAGUGUUGGAUGGUUCGUGGCAUAUGCCGAAUACAAACCGUGAUCCAUAUCAAGAAUAUUUGGAUAAAAGAAUUGUCGGUAGUCAAUUUUUCGGCAUUGAUACCAUCAAAGACACAAGUAUCGAUCUUCCCCACAUGCUUCCUUUACCAGAUAAAUUUGCUGAUGCCGUUGGUAAAAUGGGUAUUGAUGAAAAUGACCAUGUCGUGGUGUAUGAUACAGCCGGUGUAUUUUCCGCCUGUAGAGUCUAUUGGACAUUUAAAGCAUUUGGUCACAACUCUAUUUCUGUGCUAAAUGGUGGAUUACCAUUAUGGGAAAAAUCUAAUGGCCCUAUCGAAAGCGGUACACCAGAGCCCGUUGCAGCUAAACAUUAUAAGACACCAAAGCUCAACCAUGACUUGGUGCGUGAUUAUCAACAAGUUCUGAAUAAUGCUCGUAACAUUCAAAAUGGACAAUCCGGUGCUCAAGUUAUUGAUGCUCGCCCUCAUCCAAGAUUUACUGGUGAGGCUCCUGAACCACGCGAAGGCUUAUCAUCUGGCGCAAUGCCCGGCUCGAUUAAUAUUCCAUUUGGACAGGUCAUCCAAUCAGGUCAGAUGCUGGAUGAUGACAAGUUGCGUCAUGUAUUUGAAUCCAACGGUGUUGAUAUUUCAAAGGAUAUCAUUACUAGUUGUGGAAGUGGAAUCACCGCUUCCAUCCUAUAUUUAGCUCUCGAAAGAAUAGGUGCUCGUCAUUUGGCUGUCUACGACGGAAGUUGGACCGAAUAUGCUUCUAAAGAUGAUUGCAUUAUCGUUAAAAAGCAAUGAUCUUCUCAUCUGACUUUUGGACCCUUAAAUCUAUCUUGAUUUGGCACAAACAGUUAUAAAUAAACGUGUGGCAUUUUGUUUAUUAAAUUU